UACAACAGCACUCAAGAUGGUUGUAUCUUGUUGGGUCCGUGGAUGUGUGAACAGAGCAGAUGGGACGAAGAAAAUUGGAUUGUACUCCAUUCCAAAGGUCAGACAACAUGAAGGGGAUUUCACUAAAUCGCUCACAGAGGAACGUCGUCGUCUCUGGUUGGCAAAUAUUAAGAGGAAAGAUGAACCCUCGAAACAUGUCAGGGUCUGCUCGGACCACUUCAUUACAGGUCGCCCUGCUAACAUGUACGACCGAACAAAUCCUGACUGGGCGCCAACAUUGAAACUCGAGGAGAUGACUCCUACCGAAUCUCUGAAAAAGCAUGCUGAGCUUGAGAGAAAGCAAAACAGAUUUCAGAGAACAGCAAAAAGGCAGGAAGCAAAGAUGAGGAACGAUGUAGCCAGUGCUCUUCUUCACCUCCAGGACAGCUGCCAGCACACCCCCGUGGACAUUGUACAACCAGCGUCUCCUGAAGGUCUAGCCGAUACUGAUGGCGCUGAAGCAUCCACCAGCUCCAUCGUCCAAGUGACUCAAGUCCAAGUAGACAGUGAAGUCCAGAGACUCUUAUCAGAGAACAUGACAUUACGGGCAGAGCUGGGAUCUUUGCUGUUGACACAGGAUGGCUUUAAAGGUUGCACCACUGCAAUGACCUCCUACAACGGGGUGCAAAAAGAAGACGCUGAUGACGCCAUGCAUAACCAAUCUGCCCAUCAAGGGCAACCCAGCCAGUCACUCCAGUGUGGCCACUGUCCGCUCCAUUUCAAGUCCGAGGUCUUUCUGUUGGAACACCUCGGUCACGAUCAUGGCUCUGAUCCUGAUUUAAAUAACCACGCCGGGAAAGACUCUUGUCAAAGCACCCCAGCAAUCCCGCUUGCAGAUCAUCAAACCGACCUUUUGGAGGUUUUAAACCACCUUGAAGAUGGCAAGAACUUGGAAGAUUUAACUAAAAAGCCAGAGCGAGAUGUCAUUACCAUGUCUGCCAACCACUGUGAUGAAGAAAAGGAGAAAGAUAAUAUGAUGGAGGUGGAGUUAUUUUCUACCGCAAGAGAGACUCUUGACACAUCCAAGGAUCUGAAGACGUACAAGAAGCCGCAACAGGCCUUCGUCAGCAAGUGCUCCACUGUAACCGACAGUCAAAGAGAGAAUGCGUCAGACGACAAAUCGGACCACAAGUCUGAUGACGAUUCCGACAAACUUGCCCAUUACCAGUCCACCAUUGACAUCUGUAGCAACCGGAAUUUCUUUAAUUUAAAGGAGGACCACCUCUACCAUGCUGCUCUGGCACGACCCAUCUUUCCAGCAUCUGCCUUGGAGGGUAAAAGAACCUCCAAUGCGGAAAAGAUGACAUUAGAAUCAACGGAUAAGAAAGAUCUUUCCUUUGAAGUAAGCGAAGACGAUGAAGACAAGCGGGUGGGCUCCUUGACCUUCACGUGCAAGCACUGCAACUACCAAGACGACAGCCUCAAACACAUGUCUGCUCAUUACUAUAAGACCCACCCAUACAUACGCCACAACUCUGCCUACAUCCAGGACACCAAUGAUCAGAGCGCCACCUUCCGGUGUCUCGUGUGUCCUGUCGAGUUCCCGAACGAAGACGAACUCAGGAAGCACCACGGCGACAAGCAUUCAGGCUUUCCCGAUAUUUUCACCCUUGGGCGACACCAAAACAACCUGGCAUUUAAAUGUUUCACCUGUGCAUUUACCACCAAUGCUUUGAACAUGCUCAAAGAGCACUACAAAGACAUGCAUCCUGCAGAAAAGCUGCUAAAUGGGCUGUGGUUCCUCAAGUACGUUUUGACGCCAUGCCAAGAAGAUGCGUCACCAGUUAAGAGCCUCGGUUUGGACAAAACUGAACCAAAUGUAACUCUGUACCAAUGCAACAGCUGCUCGUUUCACCAUAAGUCUGUCAUAGUCUUGCAAGUUCAUUACCAAAAAAAUCAUCCAGAAGAAGCAGUCACCAUUGACAAGAUAAAACGACAGGCUGGUGUUUUGCUGAAAAAGACCCCAGAACGUCCAAGCUCUGAGGUGCAGACAAAAACCCCAGACAACAUUCCAAUCUUAAAAAUUAAGUCGGAAUCGCCUACACCCGAGAAAGCAAAAGAAGGCUUCCAAGUUCAGACGAAAAACCAGGAGCAAGUUAAGAUCAGUGAAGCAAAAUCAGAAUCUCCUAUACGUGAGAGAGUCAGAGAGAGCCCAGAAGCUCAAACAAAAACCAAGGACAAAGUUAAGAUCCCAAAAGCAAAAUCCGAAUUGUCUGUACCACAGAAAGUCAUAAAAAGUACCGAAGUUGAUACGAAAAUCAAGGAAAAAGUUAAGAUCUCAGAAACUACGUCAAAGCCUCGUAAGCUAAAGAAUGAGUCACCAGAGGAACUAAACAAGGGAUUUGAUUCAAUCCUUGAAUACAUGCAUAAAGCCGAGGAGCAUGUCCAGAAUCCAGUGGAAAGAAUGACCUCAUCAAUUUUGAAUACAAUUCCAGAUGAAGAACUAAAGCCACAACACAAAUCGAAAACUUCAAAUAUUUAUGCGAGACCUGAGAAUUUGUACUUCUGUUUUAAGUGCAAUUAUGGGAACCCCACCAUCAAAGGAAUGAUGGUCCACCAGUUUAGAACUCACAAUAAACUCCGCACCACCAGCGAACAAAUCGUGGAGUACACGACUGCGAUUCACAAUAAGUUGCAAAAUGCAACGGCUCACACUGAGAAUGAAUCUUUUUGUCCCUUGUUACCACUUCCCAUCUUAAAUGAGGGUGAUGAGCACACUUUCUUUUGCCACUUCUGCCACUACCGGCGGAGCACAGUCUCCAAGGUGGUCCAGCACUACAUCAUGAGACACAGUGAUGCCGUUGCCACGCCCAAAGAGAUCCAAGCGUACACAUUUAGGACGUUGGAGUUGUUGCAGAAGAAGGAUGUUUGUCAGACAGUUCAACAUAAGAAGACAAAAAACAAACAACAUGCCCCUGAGAAGUUCCAGAGCCUCCAGUGCAAGAGAUGCCUUUACAAAACCCACAACCCAAACCUUUUCCGGAUACACAUACGCAAAUGCCACCAAGGAAAUAACUCCAGUUCGGGGAUUUUAAAGGUGUCCCUGAAGCAAGGUAAGGCACAGUCUGGCUACCAGUGUGAUUUGUGUUCAUUCUCCCACAAAAAGUCCACCACCCUGUACAAACACUAUCUCCAGGAGCACCCCGAGAGCAGAUCCAGCCUGGAUUUUAUCACCGCUCGCUUAAAUGAAGGCCACAAAAACUCUCUUAAAAAGAAAAGGCAAGACCUAACCGAUGGGAAUGAAAGUGACACCAGCGGGCAAAGUGACACCAAGAUCUAUUCAUGCCGGGCGUGUUCUUUCAAAGGGAGCUCAGUGUCGGGCAUUACGGACCACUACCGCGCUGUACACCCCUGGUGUGUGAAGGAAGAUGGCUCGGUGCCUGGUGUGGGCAGCCGGAAGAAGCAGAGCACGAGCAAGAGUGACAACUGUUUCGACGACUACCAGAUCCCACUCGAAUCACCUAGAAUGUCCCCUGAACGCACCAAAUCAGCCCCGACCCGGGAGAAAGGCAACGCCGCUUCCAAAAAAUCAAGACACUGUGUUGACAUGGGAGAAGAAACCCCUGUGCAUGUCUUCAAGUGUCCAUACUGCACUUACGUGAACACCAAGCAUCAGGGGGUCCUCACGCACUGCCAGAUGAGGCACUCUACUCUCCAGUCUCAAGCCGACAGCCUUUAUGUGGAUCGGGCGCACUUGCACGACUGGGAAAUGAAGCAGAGGGGCCAGGAAGGUGACGGGCCCUCACACUUUCGGGGUUAUAUGUGUGAAUUCUGCCCGCAGACCCACCAGACGAGAGAGAAGCUAAGAAAACACAGUGAGAAGGCCCACGGCGAGACUGCGCCCGACGCCACGGCCGUGACUUAUGCCAAGAAAAUGCACAUUAAGAUUUCCAAAAGUGUCCCAUACAAAAUCAAAAUGACACUCUUCAGGUGUCAACAGUGCACAUACAGCUGCAGCAACAAAAUAGAGUUCGGUCGUCACAUGCGCUUGAAACACAUGAGCGCUGCUUUUCAGGAUUGUCGCUACAGUUGCGUCUUGUGUUCCAAUUCUUACUACAAGAAGAAACGCCUUGGGGUCCAUUACAAGGAUAAGCACGGACAAAACGCCUACCUGAAACACUUUGUACCACUCUACGAGCAGGUCCCUGAUACUCCACCGGAACCUGAAGACAAGUCUGCAACCAAAAGACUAGUCUACAAAUGUCCCCUUUGCCCCUAUGUGAACUCGCGCAAGCAUGGCAUGGCCACACACUGCCAAAUGAUGCAUCCCGACCUUACUGUCCGGAUGGAAGAGUUCGAUCGGGAGGAGCUUGUCUUCAGGUGCAAUUACCAGGCGGGUACCAACAAUAAGCGGGGCUACCAGUGCCACGUGUGCUUGGGGAUUUAUGUGUCUCUUAAGAAACUUGCUAUUCACCGUGCCAAUAGACACGGCGGGUCUUCUAAACAAAAAAAGGAAACGCCCGCCUCCGAAGAACUAAAUGCUGAGAGAACGCCGUCGGAGGCUGCUUCUGUGAUUAAUGCAAAACCCGAAGGCAAACUGUCUAAAAAGACAGGGGUCACACGCUACUGUUUGUUCAAGUGUGUGCUGUGUUCUUAUUCGUCGGUCGUCCGGAACCGUCUGGCUGUACAUUACACCAAACGGCACGGAAAGACAGCCUUCCUCAAACAUUUUGCCCCGCUGUACCCUCCCAAAAUCAAAAAGAAGGUGCCGUUGCCACAAGCACUCAUCUCUGAACAGCAGGAAAACACUCCGGCGGGUGAACAGGAAAUAAUCUACCGAUGCCAAUUGUGCGAGUACAAAACUUGGGCACGCCGCUACCUGACAUAUCACUACAAUAAAACCCACCAACUGGACGCAGGCACCAGAGAUAAGCUGCUGAUUGCAUACAAUAAACGCAAAAGAACCCCUUCUCAGAAUAUCCCUUCAGAGUCUGAGCAAACCCUGCAAGGCACGGGGCAGACGGCCCCGAUUGGAUGCAAGAAAUGCCCGGACCUUACGUUCGACUCCCUGCAGCUGCUGCUUGCCCACUACUGUGCCGUCCACCGCUCCAAUCAGCGCUUGGACUUCACCGUGAUCCACCCAGCAGGACGCACCACAGGCCAGUACCGCUGUACACGCUGCUGCAAAUUACUGAACGGGAUCAGCAAGUUGUGGCGCCACCUAGAUCGGCAUCGGGAGAAGAGUUUGACUAAGAUUGCAGCCAAAAUUAAGAAGGCUAUGCUGCCCAGGUUAAAGACGUGGAAGUCGCAGUCUCUGGAGAUGACGCCAAAUGAGCAUUUGGACUGUACAGCGUCGCGAGAAGAAGGUUCCCCAUUGAAAUGCGGCAUCUCUGUGUCGCCUCAGAAGGCGGGCGAUCAUGAGCAGGUGGACCCAGAGUCUCUAAUAGAGACUCAUGCUUGUGGCCAGUGCCAGCGCACUUUUAAGUCUCGCAAUGGUCUGAGGACGCACAAGCGCAGCCACGAGGCGCUGGCGGCCAUCAAGAAGCUGCCUGCAUCGUUGUCACAGCUCAACCUGAACAAGUAUCUUCUCCACAAGCCUGGGACUAUCCGGCCUUUCCAGUGCUCUAUUUGCUUCUAUCGUACCAACCUGAUGGGCCUUUUUACCAACCAUUUGCUGAAAAAUCACCUUGAUAUCGUCAUUGAAACCUGUGACAAAAAGGAGGAGACCGAAGUGACACCCAGUGCAGACACAGACGCUCAACUUCAGGUCCCCAUCGUCAGUGUGGCAGAAACCAAUGAAGGCCGUACCAAAGACUGGUAUCUGGAGCCCCCGGAAGUCCGCCGGCAGCUAAACCACCUGAGCCAGAUGGCUCAGAACGGCGCUAGCGCUUCACCGGCCAGCAAGCAAGACCAUAGCGGUGGACCGUUCCAAUGCGAGAGCUGCUCAUUCCUUUCUCAGGAUCUUCCCACCAUGCGUCGACACUACCUCAAUCGGCACAGCAGGAAGAUGUUGACGUGCAAAGAUUGUCAUUUCUUCACCGGAUUAAAGAAAGCCAUGAAGGUGCACAUUGACAUGGAUCAUUCCACGGUGCAGAAAGAAGCGCCUUCAAAAGACGGCCUGAGCUGCUGCCCCUUCUGCCUCUACCAGACCAAAAAUAAAAACAACAUGAUCGACCACGUCAUGCUGCAUCGGGAGGAGCGCGUGGUUCCUGUAGAAGUGCGGCGGCCCAAGUUGUCCCGCUACCUGCAAGGCCUGGUCUUCCGCUGCCACGUGUGCACGUACACAAGCGCCAGCGCCGACAACCUGCGCUCUCACGCCGCCAAGCACGCGCGCCUCAAUCCCUACCGAUGUCGCCUCUGCUACUUCGACUGCACUCGGCUGGACCAACUGGAGGCCCACUUGUGCUCCAUGCAUCAGGUGAUGAGGAACUACGAGCUUGUGGGGCAGGUGUGCCUGGAACAACUUGAGCAGAUGCAGCUCAUCCAGACACCGGAAGAUGACGUGGAUGAGGAGGAACACAUUUCCAAACCAGAAAACAAGGAAGACUCAUUCACCCAUGAGAGUGAAACGGACGUCGAGAAGUCCCAAACGGAUUUACAGCUCAUGCCGAGAAAUUGCGAAGAAAAGCCAAACGGCGAGCCCCUCGUCUAUCGGGAUGAAGAGAGCGGUGUGGUCUUCUCGGAAAUCUCCGGAAAAGUAGCUGAGAAGAAAUACAAAAGGAAGCUUAGUGAAGGGUUCGAAGAGGAUGGCAAACGGAGGGAAAAAUUGAUUAAGAUGGAGGAAAUGGGCACGAAGUCUCGGCUUAAAGGUGAUGACAAAGUCCUUUCUUGUGACUUGUGUGGCCGAAACUUCCAAAGUGGAGCAGAGCUGCAGUGCCACGCCUCCCGUCACGGAAUGUAGGAGACAACACUAGCAACACAUUUAAGACUCUUUGCCUUGAACAAGAAAAAGACAUUUUCUACAUUUUAAAGAUUUUCUAAAGGAACACUGUUUGUUACAUUGUUUUGCUUUGUUCUGAUAGUAAAUAAAGCUUUUUUUUAAAAAAAAAAAAG